AUUCACUACAUGGUCUUUAUAAGGGCAGUUCCAUGAAAAGGUCAACCAUGGUAGCAAAUAUUAAAAUUAACAUAACCUAGAAAUGUUUUAUAUCAUUGGAAAGCUAACAUAUUUCUCUACCAGAAACUAGGCCUUAGAUUAGUCUUUAACUUUGUGAUGUAAUUAAUAAUGAUGAACAAACCUAAUAAAAAUUAUUCUCUUAGUAGUUUCAAUUGUACGCAAAUUGCUUUCUUGGCUGAUCUUGAUGACAUACUAAUACUAUAUUAGAUUGGUUUCUAAGCCAUUCAAUUUGUGUGGCCUAAUGCUACACGUAGAAACUAUAAUUAAGAAGACUAAAUCAUAUAACUGUUCUAUAAACCUCCCUCAAAGCAGGUGUUUUUUUAGUUUUACUUCCGACACCAAAAUGUGUAUUCAGUUUUAUACAGCCCACAAGGCUAGUGAUAUAAUUCUAACAACCCACAUACAAAGUAGGUUUGUACUGAUCUUUACUUUCUAUACAUAACAAAAGAUUGCUAUGAAUUAACUUUUUAUAUAACUGGGGGGUCGGACGUAAAAAUAAUUUUACGUCCGACACUUUACGUCCGACACCAAAUUUAAUAAUAUUUACAUUUAAUACCAAAUUAUAUUUUCAGUGAUUUUAUGAAGUAAUUAACCGCCUAUAUUGUAAAUAUCUUUAUUUAUAUUUGUAGAACAUAAUUUUUGUUUUGUAAGUUGUCACACCUGCACUUGUGCAUUUUGGUUAUUCACAUGUCACCCAUGCUGGCCUUCACAGUCCUUUCUAUUGUUGAAACUGCAGUAUUUUUGUAGUGAAAUACAUUCUUCAACAGAUAAAGAAAGCUACACCAACAGCAGUGUCAUGGCAAAGAUCAGCAACAAAGAAAAGAUGGCACGGCGCAGAGCAAGAAUUAAGGGUGGUGAUCCAGUAAAAAGAGCAGAAUUAUUAGAGAAAGAUCGAUUAAGGAAAGCUAAAUAUAGAAAACAACAGAAGGAAAGUAUGUCUGAGCCAGAACUGAAGAAGUUACGUGCAAAGGAAAGUGAAAGAGUGAAAUGUUGGUAUCAUAACAAAAAAGGUGAGCCAGCAACAAUUGAAAAAAACAGUGACAUACCUUUGUGUUCAACUCCAUUUAAAACAAAACAGUCUUUAGGAAAGGCUAUGAAAAAAAUUCAGCGUAAUUUGCCACAGUCUCCACGAAAAAGGCAACAUGUUGUGCAAUGUCUAGCUAACCAAUGUGGCUUUAAAGUAACUCCUCCAAUAGGAAGAACCAGACAAAAUGAAGUUUCAGAAAAGUUAAGAAAAUGGGUUCAUAUAUUUUAUCAGAAUGAUGAUGUCAGUUGGCAAGCACCAGGAAAGAAAGACAGAGUAAUAUACAAAGAUGUAGACAAGGAUGGAAAUAAAGUGAAACGUGAAGUCCAGGCUCGUUAUCUCUUGGUGUCACUAGGUGAGGCGUAUAAGGUAUUUGUAGAGAAACACCCACAGGUUACAAUUUGUCGAGCAAAAUUUUGUGCACUUCGUCCUAAACACUGUAAACUUUUUUCUCAAAUUCCACAUUUUGUGUGUGUAUGUUCCUAUCAUGAGAAUGUCAGAUUGUUGCUACUGGCACUGAAAGACUUUACAGACUUGCCAACAGAUUUUGAUUCCUUCAUUACUACUCUAGUGUGUGAUGCUUCAUCCAAAGAUUGUAUGACCAACCGUUGUGAAUCUUGUACUAACAGUAUAAGUCAACAUACACCUAAAGAUGAAGAUCUGAGAAAGCCACUUAAAUAUUCUCAGUGGCAAAACAAUGAUGGACAUUCAGAGAAGAUGGAGAUACUGAGUAGUGUGCAAGAAACAUUUGAAGAUUUGAAAAGCAAGUUGAAAGACUUUUUAGUUCAUACCUAUAUCAAACGCAUUCAAGCAAAGACAUUUGAAACCAUUAAAUCAAAUGUUAAUGGCAGUGAAAUUGUGAUUCAAGUUGAUUUUGCAGAAAAUGCAUCUCUGGUGAACCAAAAUGAAAUACAAUCAGCUCACUGGAGCCAUGGACAAUCAACUUUAUUUACAAUUUAUGCAUGGAUUAAUAAAAACCUAACUGAAGGGUGUGUAAUAGUAUCUGAUGAUCUUGAACACACCAAAUUACAAGUUUUUUGUUACAUUAAUCAUAUUCUUACGUAUUUGAAAACUUCCUACCCAGAUAUUAGUACAGUAAAUAUAUUCUCAGAUGGUGCUUCGUCACAGUUCAAAAAUCGUUUUAUUUUUUCAGUACUUGCCAAACUGGAAGAAAUUCACACCAUAAAACUUAAAUGGCAUUUCUUUGCGACUUCGCAUGGAAAAGGUGUUGUUGACGGUAUUGGGGGAACAAUUAAAAGAAGUGUCUGGAACCAUGUCAAGGCAAGUAGAAGCAUUGUAAACACACCAGAAAAGUUUGCAAGAAUUGCAGCAGAGCGAAAUCCCAACAUCACUGUGUGUUACAUCACAGCAGAAGAGAACAGAAGCAAGAACAACACAGUAGCUGAGAUAUGGGCCAAAGCAUUGCCAGUUGCAAACACACACAGUGUUCACUGCGUUACUCCUGUUGGAAACAAGUACAUUUUAGUUGGUGGUACCAGUGACAGUAAUGAAGUAUUUAGGAAAGUGAAAAUAAGCAGAGAUGAGGGCAGUAACAGUGAAGGAGACAUCAUGAGUAAUAGCACUAAAUGUAACCACGUGAAUCUAGACGACUGGGUUAUAGUUAAGUAUGAUGGCAAACUGUUUCCAGGGCUGGUGAAAAAAUUAAGGCCAGAUUAUGUUGAUGUAUCUGUUAUGUAUCUCUCAGACACUGGUAGUUACUACAAGUGGCCUUCACAAGAAGACUGCAUUUCAUAUUUAUUUAGUGAUGUGGUAAAAAAAAUUGAUGCCCCUAUUGUGACUGGGAGUAGAGGCCAGUUUCAGUUCACUAGCAAAAUAUGUGAAAAUUAAGAUUCAACCAAUUUCAAUUCAUGUUCAUUUCGUGAUUGCCAACAUUUCCUGCUCCUAGUUUGUUAUCCAUAUAGAGUAGGCCUAAUGUUAGCAUUUUUGUUAGUGGUAAUACAGUGAAAGAAAUGUAUCUCAAGGAAAGUGAGAAUAAGAAGAGAGAAAGACUGUGACAGUGACACUUAAGAAGAAACAUCAGUUAUAGUGAUAAAUGUAACCACCGAAGCCAUAUACUGGAUAAUAAGUUAAGUUCCUUUAGUAUUUUUAGUUAAGCUUUGUGAACCAAGUAUUUUUUUGUCAUACAUUUUACGUCCGACCCCAUCAUUUUACGUCCGACACCAAAGUUUAAAAAUGUAUACAUUUAUGAUAACUAAACAGUAUGAUUCAUCUAA